AUGUUGAAGGGCACAAGUGAUCGUGGUAACAAGUACAGUGAACUGAUCGAAUUCUUGAGAUCAAAUCUCCCUGAGGGAGCGAAGAAGAUUGUUCAAGAAGAUCAGUCGCUUCUCAACUUCAAAGAUGACAGUGGAAGAUUGGCCGUGCAUUGGGCUGCUUCUGGAGGCUGUGUAGCAUUUCUGGAGUUAGUUCUUCCUGGACAUCCUGAAAUGGCAGAUGCUGUGGAUGAUUCGAAGUGGAAUUUGUUGAUGAUCGCAACUUCUGCUGGCCACUUCGAUGUGAUCAAGUACUUGCUGUCAAGAUGUGACUGUGAUGUCAAUCAUAGGUACGAAAUUUAUUUAUUUAUUUUGUUUUAGGGUUUGUUCGAAACAAAUCAUGUUGACGUAGUUUUUAUGGAAUUCAACUAAUUUUCUUUUGAAGUAGUCGUUAUAAUAAAACUUGAUUUUUAGAAAUAACAACGGUCAGACUCCAUUACACUACGCUGCGUCUAAGAACUACAUUCCAAUUGCUCGUAUGUUACUGGAGAACGGAGCUGAAGUAAAUGUUCAAGACAAAUAUGGAAGUGCUCCUCUUCAUCGUGCUGCAGCCAAAGGUCAUGUUGAUAUGAUAAUGUUGUUGAUGAAACAAAAGGGAGCUAGGGUUGAUUUGGCUGACAGAGAGGGUAACACUGCUUUGCAAAUGGCAGUAGAAGAUCAGAACGACAGUGCGGCUAUAUUUCUGGCCAAGAGAGGCGCGGAUAUUAACCGUCAGAACAGAGAAGAGAAGACUCCGUUGGACUACUGUAAAACGGCGGAUCUAAGGAGGAAAUUGAAGGACGCGGCUUCUGAGCAAGGUGCUUGA